CAUAUUAGGUUUUCUCCAAUUGCAUAAAAUAUGCGUAAGGUUGUAAAAAUUUCAGCUUCUGAACUUCUCGAUUCUCUUCCUCUUCCUCGAAUUUCUUCUACAUCCAGAUUUUAUCCAGAUGGCAGAAAGACUUAACAUCAAUGCAAUUACUCCAGAAUUAGAAGAAUGGACCUACAAAUUUAAGUAGUUGAUAAAGGCAGACCUAGAGACAACAGAGAGAAAACAAAAAAGUAUCAACUAAGUAUCAACUAAUGAUUCUGCAGGACGAAGAGGAAAACCAAGUCGAAUGCAUUAUAUUCAAUGCUGAGAUAGCGCAUUUUGAAGAUUUAUUUCGUCCUUUCCACACUUACUUGGUGUCAGUUGCACAAGUCAAAGAAUCAAAUUAUAUGUAUGGAAAUCUAGUUAACAAAUUUACUUGGACAAUUGAUAGGAGCACGAUUGUUGAGCCCGUGGAAACUAUCAAUCCUUCAGAAGAUCCACUGCCCCCGCCAACGCGGCUAAAUCUUACACCAUUUGACAACUUCGAGUAUCAACCUGAGGGAUCUGAAUUUGAUGUCCUUGCUACUGUCCUCAACGGCAGCUCUUCAACAUAUACUUCAAACGGGAAGAGAAUUCAAGAUUUUAUCAUCAUGGAUGAUCAGAUUGACCAACAGAUUCAGCACAACACACAGAGGAUUGACUAACAGAUUCAGUACAACAAUCGAAAUCAAUCCUUCAUGCCCGCAUGCAAAUGCGCCGAGAACAUAGUAUUGCAGAUAUGCUUCUCUAUGAAUAAAUUUUUUGAUCAUGCAUAUGCGUAACAUAUAAAAGAACUAAUGUUGAGAUGUCAACAUAUUUGAAGGGCCAGAGGAAAUGAGCAAAUGCUUAUUGCAUACACAAUAAAAAGUACAAGUCCAACAUGCUCUCUUUUAUUUCUUCCUUUUGAGGAAGAGAUAGUGUCAAUUGCAGAUAUCUGAUUAAAUAAAAUUUGAUGUAUAAAUUAAGUUGUUAUUUAAUUUUUAGAUACUAAUAUUUUAAUUUUCUUUGCAGGAAAUAUCAUAAUUUAAUAAGAAAAUUCAUAGUUCAUCAAUGAAGGAGAUAUCAGACAAGAAAAGUUCAAGUACUGAAUUAUCCAGAGAAAGAUUGUAUAAAUAUGAUCUACCAUGACAAAGGAUAACCGGCUCACAACCGGCUACAACAAACUAUAACCGAUCCAUAACCAAAAAAGCUAAUAACCAAGGCCACAACCAGCCUUGACAAGUUCAUAUCCAGAAGAUAAUUUAAAACCUUGUCAUGGCUUGCCUAUAAAGAGGCAUUGUCCGUGAAGGAGCGAAGAAGAAAGGGGAGAAGUGUAAUAUUGAGCAGAAAGUUUUUUUCUUUCUCUUUGUUCUUUAGUUUUGCUUCUAUUUCUUCUUUUAGCCAUUACACUGGUUUCAUUUCUAGUUCCGAAUAAAUUGUAGUAUUGGAAAUUACUCUAGUUCCUGUUUUUAAUUAAAUAGGGAGAAUUAUUCUCUUGAAUAUUUCUUUCUAUUUUCUUAUUUAAUGGGCAAGAUUAUUUCCGUUGUAGGUAUUGGAUCCAAUAUGGAGUAACUUUUCUUGUGU